AAAAAAAAGGUAAACCCCAUCCCUGCCCAUCGUACUCGUUCCCCUUCCAAGCCUAGACGGUCUCGCGGCGGCGGCGGCGGCGGCUCUCCAAGUGACUCGGCGGUGGUCGGUGGGGGAACCGUACGUUCUCAAGGAUUGGAGGAGCGAGGAACCGGCGAUCAACGAACUAUCGACGAGAGGAGGCGCGAUGAACCGGCGACGAGCUCACGGGUUAUUACUCGCUAUACCUCAAUCGCGUUCUGGAACUAGUAUCAAGUCUGUGAUGAAUGGUUUCUUCUUCUUCUUCUUUUGGGGGCAGGGCAUGGUGCGAAAGCGUUACUCUGUUCUUUUGGAUUGUUCCGAUCUGUUGGUAAAAAUCUUAUACUAGCAUAGUUUCAUCUUUAUCUGUGAGGUCCCAUUGUUAAACUGGUCCUGAAUUGCGAACGAAAGCCCAGACACAUUUGCCUCGGAUUUCCCCAAUCAUCCAAUGUUCUUUUAGCGUCGAUUUCGUAGUUGAUGAGGUUCAAUUUACGAGUUUGAUCAAAGAUAUAGUUUGCAAAUUAACAUAGAUCAUGAUCCUAUUCGUAACACACAACUCGCUGGGGCAGAGCUACAUAGUAUACCCUGUGGUCCAGCCCAACCAAAUUGUAGUCGGCCCGUUUAGCAAAAGGAAAAAGCACUUCAUAUUCUAGUCCGUCACUACCGCCGCGAGGUGCUCGAGUGCGACGUUUCCUUUCGGUUCGCAUUCGAUCCCAUGGCUGAGCCGCCGCCGCCUCCGUGAGUCCGUGUGCUGUCCAUUCAUCAUCUGGCAGGCGGCCGACGGCAGCACAAGCAGCGACGCUCAAUCUCCUGCGACUGCAGUCUGCUAGUACCCUGCUAGUAUCCCGUGUUCCAAAGCCUUCACGGACUCACGGUACAGGCAUAAGAUGGAGAAAUCACGGGAAGAACAGAAGUUGGUAAACAAAGGCAAGCCCGCUUGGCGGCGCGGUUUGAAGGCAGAGCCUUUCAAGCACAGGCAAGACCCAGAAUUCUUCGCCGGCGCAUGCAUGAUGGCGACGCAGGCCAUCAGCGAAUUCUACGCUCAAGGCAGCACAACCAUGUUGCUUCAGAUGCUGUACAGGAACGCCUACAAUAUGGUCCUCUAUAAAAAGGGCGCCGAGCUGUACUCGGCGAUGGAGACCGCCAUGGCCUCUGAAGUUCAGAGCCUCUGGAGGACUCUGAACGACGCUGCUCCGGCGAAGGGCGGCGCCGCGUUCUUGCAGGAGCUGCUGGCCAAGUGGAAUCAGCACGUCGAGGCCGUCAAGAUGACCCGAGACAUGUUGAUGUACAUGGACUGGACAUUCGUCCCCACCAAUCGCAAGACGCCCAUUCGGGAGCUUGGGCUCCGCCUAUGGCGUGACCAGCUGACCAGCUCCGACGAGAUCCGGGAGAGGCUCAUCGAGGCGGUGAAGCGAAGAGGACGCGAGGAUGAACUGGUAGCUGCUGUGAACAAGAUGAUGACAGAGCUUGGUCCGGACGUUCCCGGUUUUUUCUUUCAAAGGGUUUAGAUUUUGUUAGAUUAAUCAGAAGAGUGGAUUGUUCCCUAUGAAACUAGUGCUCAAUAAAGGGCAUCAGAAAGGAUAUUAUUAUCAAAAAAGAAAAGGACGAAAGAGUGAACUUUUAUUG